ACCUUGUUUUUUUCCUUCCCAAAGCAGCCACCCGAAAGCUACUCUCUCACCAUAGGACGCUUCCACUCUCGAGUUUUUGCCCUAAUCUCCCACCUUCUUUCACAGCUCUAUUUCUUAUAUUCUCCGUGCAUCCGUUAUCAUCCACAAUUUCAACGUGCUUGAACCACCAGAGCUGUGUCGAUUUUUCAUCAGAGCGUCAUGAUUUUAAGUUCAUGAAUUUAUCCCAAAUUUUCACGGGAAGAAAUGAACCUGAACGGAUUUUGACAAUACAUGAAUUAUUCAGGAAUAUCUCAAUUAUUAUUAUUUUUUAAUUAUUUGGGAACUUUGAAUCGUUUUGAAUGCUUAUAUCAGAGUUGUGGCUGAUUUGAUGUUUGGGCUGCUUGGAUUGUAAUUUUUAGCUAUGAAUCAUGUCAGGAUAACCUGAAUUGCGAUAGGGUGGAGUUGAACCUGAUGAAUGAAUGGAUAGCAAACAGCAUAUUGCGAUAUUUACUACUGCAAGUCUUCCAUGGAUGACUGGAACCGCUGUGAACCCUCUCUUCCGUGUGGCCUAUCUUACAAAGGGCAGGGAGUUCAAGGUUACCUUGGUGAUUCCCUGGCUGUCCCUGAAAGAUCAAGAAUUAGUAUAUCCCAACAAGAUUACAUUCAAGUCACCUUCAGAGCAGGAGGCAUAUGUCCGUCAGUGGCUCGGGGAGAGGACUGGGUUUGUAUGUGAUUUCAGUAUAAAAUUUUAUCCUGGAAAGUUUUCCAGAGAUAAAAGGAGCAUUCUUGUGGUUGGGGAUAUUACAGAAAUCAUCCCUGAUGAAGAGGCUGAUAUUGCAGUCCUCGAGGAGCCUGAGCAUCUUACAUGGUAUCAUCAUGGAAAGAGAUGGAAAACUAAAUUCCAUUUGGUUCUAGGAAUUGUUCAUACCAAUUAUUUGGAAUAUGUUAGAAGAGAAAAGAAUGGACGGUUGCAGGCAUUUCUUCUGAAAUACAUAAAUAAUUGGGUUGUUGAUAUCUAUUGCCACAAGGUGAUUAGAUUAUCUGCUGCCACCCAGGACCUUCCGAGAUCCAUCAUCUGCAAUGUUCAUGGAGUCAAUCCCAAGUUCCUUGAAAUUGGCAAAAGAAAGAAUGAGCAUCAACAAAAUGGUGAUCGGGCCUUCACUAAAGGCGCCUACUAUAUUGGGAAAAUGGUGUGGAGCAAAGGCUACAAGGAGCUACUCAAACUUCUUCAUGAUAACCAAAAGGAACUAACUGGACUUGAGGUUGAUUUAUAUGGCAAUGGGGAGGAUUCAGAUCAAGUUCAGGGAGCUGCCAAAAAAUUGGAACUAGACGUCAGAGUUUACCCUGGGCAUGAUCAUGCUGAUCCAUUAUUUCACGAUUACAAGGUGUUCCUAAAUCCAAGCACAACAGAUGUCCUCUGCACAACUACAGCAGAAGCUUUGGCAAUGGGUAAAAUUGUGGUUUGUGCCAAUCACCCCUCAAAUGACUUCUUCAAGCAGUUCACUAAUUGCCGGACUUACCAAGACAGCAGUGGGUUUGUGAAAGAGACACUGAAAGCUCUAAGUGAAGAACCUGCCCAGCUAACUGAUGCACAGAUGCAUGAGCUGUCAUGGGAUGCUGCUACAGAAAGGUUUCUACAGGCUGCUGGGUUGGACCAUGUAGUUGAAAGGAAACCAACAGACACUCCUCCAAAGAAAUUCAUGUCCAUGACAAUGAACUUGCGGAAGAAUAUGGAUGAUGCAUCAGCAUAUGUGCAUCAUGUGGCCUCUGGAAUUGAAGCCUCGAGAAGGGUGUUUGGCGCCAUUCCAGGGAGCUUGCAACCAGAUGAAGAGCAGCGUCAAGAGCUUGGGUGGGCAUUUCCUACUGGGGGCCAGGGAUAAAAAGAUAUCUGAUGGCUACUCCUUUGGUCGUAAAUGCUUGGAUUCCUCUGACUUAUUUUGAUGAUUUAGUAUGUAAAAAUGUUACUACACAUUAUUCUUUUUCUUCAUUUCCAUAUUAUAAAUUGGGAAAAAUGUAUAUGAAAAAUAUAUGGUUAGGAAAAUAAAUUAUCUGAAACCCUCGUGCAAA